AUGAAAUUACAACCAAUGACUCUCCAAAAGAUGAAAAUUGCAUUACAUAUGAGAAAGGAAUAUGCUAAAGAUGCAAAUAAGGAUACUUUUUGUUUUAAUUGCCAGAAGAUCAUAUCGAUUUAAAUCUAAAAGCAGGUGCAAAUUUUUGCGUAGAAUGGUAUAAUUGAUUGAAAAUAGAAUAGUCCAUAUGAAAAAUUCAAUGAAGAAAAUAAUUACUAUUGUGGAGAUUGUUUGGACAAUAGUCAAAGAUGGUAAUUAUGAUAAGUAAGUUAGGGAUAAAUCUCGAAUUUGCAGUUAUGACUAUAAGACGAAAUCAACAACCUCUGAUUCUGCAUUUCACAAAAUUGAAAGACCUACUAUGCAAUUAUUUUAUGUAAUAAAGAGCGGACCUUUCAAUGUAAAUUGAAUAAGUUAAUGAUUAGUUUGUUACNAUAAGUUAAUGCACUCAGUCUCAAUGAAUCUGAAACUAUAUUGGUUUCUUGUGGUUUAGAUAAGUUAAUUAUAAUAUGGUAAAAAGUAUAAGAUCAAUGGACAUAUAAAAGAAAUGUUAAUUUAUAAGCUUAUGAUUUUGGAACCAGAAUUAAAUUUAUCAAUAAUGAUAGAUUUAUAUGGGUUUCAGGAUUAGUGAAUGGAUAAGAUUUUGUAUUCGACUAUUAAUUUAAUCUUUAGAAUGAUACUAUACAGAAAAGGAAUAAGUCAAUCUUGUCAGAAAAAGAUUUGAAGGAUAGCCUUUUCUUCCCUAUUUUCUUAAAUAAAGAAAAAAAUAUUGUUGUAGUAAAACACAAAAUUUAUAUUUAUUUAUAUUAAAAAGAUCAUCAAGGUUUAUUGAAUUCACUACAUCUAAAGAAACUAAAUACUAAUGAAACAUAUGGAGCAAUAACAAGUGAUGGCUAAUAUUUAGUCACUUGGGAUUAAUCAAAAUUAAGAUAUGAAGUUUCUAAAAUUAUAAUUUGA